AUGGGAGAAGAAAACCAAACCUAUGUGACAGAAUUUAUCUUCCUGGGCCUUUCACAGGAUCCACAGACACAAGUCCUGCUCUUCUUCCUGUUUCUCAUCAUCUACCUGCUGACUGUACUGGGAAAUCUGAUUAUCAUUGUACUUAUUCACGUAGACUCCAGACUCCACACACCUAUGUAUUUUUUCCUCAGGAAUUUAUCCUUUGCUGAUCUUUGCUUUUCUACCACCACAGUCCCACAGGUGCUAGUCCACUUCUUGGCAAAGAGGAAAACGAUUUCCUUUGCUGGAUGUUCAAUGCAGAUAGUUGUUUUACUUCUGGUUGGGUGUACAGAGUGUGCACUGCUGGCAGUGAUGUCUUAUGACCGCUACGUGGCUGUAUGUAAGCCCCUACACUACUCCACCAUCAUGACACAUUGGGUCUGUGUCCAGCUGGCCAUCGGGUCCUGGGUCAGUGGGGCAUUUGUAUCUCUGGUGGAUACCACAUUUACAUUGCGUCUGCCCUAUAAGGGCAACAAUAUCAUUAACCAUUUUUUUUGUGAACCUCCUGCCCUCCUAAAGUUGGCAUCAACAGAUACUUACAGUACAGAAAUGGCCAUCUUUGCAAUGGGUGUAGUGAUUCUCUUAGCUCCAGUCUCCCUUAUUCUUGUCUCUUACUGGAAUAUUAUCUCCACCGUGAUCCGGAUGCAGUCUGGAGAAGGGAGAAUCAAGGUUUUCUCAACCUGUGGCUCCCAUCUCAUUGUUGUUGUUCUCUUCUAUGGCUCAGCAAUAUUUGCCUACAUGAGGCCAAACUCCAAAAUAAUGAAUGAACGAGAUAAGAUGAUAUCUGUAUUUUACUCAGCAGUGACUCCCAUGUUGAACCCUAUCAUUUAUAGUCUGAGAAACAAAGAUGUCAAAGGGGCCCUUAGGAGAAUCACUACAAGAAACUACACUUCAAUCCUGAAGGCAACACGAGACAACCAGCAGCUCCAUGGAAUAAGGAAGCGCAGUCUCCUCCUAAUCAUUCUCAAAUUAUGA